AUGGGAAAUUGCAGAGCUUUACUUUUCAAUUGCGACUCUAAGCCUGAUGAAGAACCUCCUAAGGCCUCAGAAAGAAAAGUGUCUGAACCAGCAAUUGAUGAAAUAGAAAUAAAUGUUACAGCAAAGCCCAUUCAGCAUGCUGCACCACCUCCUGAAAAAUCUCCUCGAAUUAUACAGUCAGCAGCCCGAGGGUACCUUGCAAGAAAAAAGCUCAGCACUUUAAAACCCGAAACUAAUGAAAAUCCUAAAGUACUGAAAAUCCGCGGAGCAACUAUACUUCCAUUAGAUGAUCCAGAUGUUGAAUGGGUUGAAGAAUUCAUUAUUGGAGACUCCAAAUACUCUGGCCAAAUGAAAAAUGGGAAACGCCACGGACUUGGAACUCAAAUAAGCCCUGAUAAUACCACAUAUGAAGGACUAUGGGUUAACGAUCAAGCAAGCGGGCUAGGGAGAUUAACACAUAUAGAGCAAGAUGUGUAUGAAGGAGAGUGAAAAAAUGACAAAAUUAAUGGGUUUGGAGAAUAUACCAAUAAAAACGGUGCUAAAUAUAUUGGAGAGUGAAAAGAUGAUAAACAAGAUGGAAAUGGCAUUGAAAUAUGGCCCGAUGGUGCGAGAUAUGAAGGCUGCUAUUCAAAUGGCAAAAAAAAUGGGAAAGGGAAACUAAAAUUUGCUGAUAGUGCACGAUAUGAAGGAAAUUUUAAAAAUAAUGAAAUCUCAGGGUCUGGAAUAUAUUAUUGGCCUGAUGGAAGGAUUUAUGAUGGCCAGUGGGAAGCUAAUAAAAUGCAUGGACAAGGAGAAUUAAGGUGAACUGAUGGAAGAAAAUACAUAGGAGCUUAUAUAAAUGAUAAAAAAGAAGGGACUGGCACUUUUUAUUGGCCAGAUGGUAAAGUGUAUGUGGGCGAGUGGAAAAAUGGAAAACAGAAUGGAAUAGGAGAGCUAGGACACAUAGAUGGGCCUAAGAGAAAAGCUGAAUUUAAGGACGGAAAAAGAAUAAAGUGGUGUGAUUAG